UCUUCUGCUCUUCAUCCCUCCUCCAAGGUUUCCUCUCACUGUGCAUCGCCCACCGACUCCGACCCGCUUAAGCCAUACCCGAUCCAUCCGCCUCUAGAAGCUUAGACCCAGUUUAAUCUCAUCACCUUGACGUCCUAAUCGCGCCUUUCCCCAGACACACCCCUCCCGCCCGGUCGAAUCCCCUCGCACGACGGUCGGCUUCUCUUGCCCGAAUCGCCCUCCCAACCCCACCAUCCACACAUCCAACCCCCCAAAUAGAUGGAAGAAAUUUCCUCCACCUCGAUAGCAAACACCUUCCGCAACCUCGCGAAACGAUACCACACCCACAAGCAAACCGAGACGGCGAGCCAGGUGGAGGCGGUGGUGGACCAAGUGCUGCAGCAGGAUCCGGAUGACCCGAGUGCGGCUCUGGUGCGCUUCGGAGCCCUAGUUCUCACCUUUCUGGAGCAAGGGCAGUGGAGCGCGGCCGUCGACGUGGGCAAUGUGGUCGUAGACACCCGAGGGGCGCUGCUGGGCCCGGACAACCCGGCCACUCUCACCGCCAUGCAUAACCUCGUCUCCGCCUACUGCGGCCAGGGCCGAUGGAGCGAGGCCAUCGAGCUGGGGCGGCGCGUGGUCGAGGCCCGCCAGGCAGUGCUGGGCACAGACAGUCCGCAGACCAUGGCGUCCAUGUCCAACCUGGCGUCGGCGUAUCGCAACAAGGGCCACCUGCGACAGGCCGAGGCGCUGGAGAAGCAGCUGCUCGAGUUGAAGACGAAGACUCUGGGUCCCGACCACCCCUCCACGAUGACCUCCAUGAGCAACCUCGCGACGACGUACACGUACAUGGGCCGCUACGACGACGCCGCCCGCCUCGAGCAGAGCGUCAUUGAGCGCAGCGCGCGCGUGCUCGGCGCCCGCCACGGCUCCACCCUGACCUACAAGUCCAACCUGUCGGUCACCCUCCGGGAGCAGGGGCGGUUGGACGACGCCGAGAAGCUGGAGUCCGAGGUCCUGGACGCGAGGAUCGCGAGUCUGGGCGUCCAGCACCCGCUGUGUCUCACGUCGAUGGCCAACCUGGCCGCCAUCUAUCGGGAUCUGGGCCGGUUCGAGGAGGCGGAGCAGCUGGAGGCGCAGGUGGUGGAGCGGAGCCAGGAUGGGCUGGGCGGCGACCAUCCGCAGACGUUCAUGGCCAUGGUCAACCUGGCGACCACCUGGCGGUUGCAGGGACGACUGGACGAGGCGGCCGGUCUUGGGGCGCGGGCUGUCGCCGCUAUGAAGCAGCAGCUGGGUGAUUUACAUCCGCUUUGUCUGACGGCCAUGGCGGAGUUGGGGUUGACCUUCCAGAGCCAGGGACGCACGCGGGAGGCAGAAGGAUUGACGGCGCAGGCGUUGCGGGGCAUGCAGAAGGCGCUGGGAGACAGCCAUCCCCAUUGCCUGACGACUGUGGCCAAUUUAGGGGCGAUCUAUCAGUCGCAGGGCCGGUGGAAAGAGGCUGAGGCCUUGGCGGAGCGGGCAGCGCGCGGCCGCGAGAAGGUCCUCGGCAAAUCCCAUCCGCUUACCCUGGCGUCCUUGCAGGAUCUUGUCCGGGUGUGUCAGGUGCUAGCUGCAGAUAGGACGAUGGACACACGCGUGAGGGUUCCGGGUUGAGGGGUAUUGGGGAUUGACGGCGUUAUCCUGCGUUAUCUGACGAGACAUGAUUCCAUAUUUGGAGGGGCUUAGUUAGCGAUUGAUUUGAGUGAACACUGCGUUAACGAAGACAGCAAGUAUAGUCAUCAAACUUGGGAGUAUUCCAAUGCAAUAUCAGUGAGGCAUUAUGAUCGAACGAGCCUGUGUGCGGGAUCAUUGGUUUUUCAACUAAUAAAUACACCCCUCUCAAAGUCGAGGUUUUCAGCAUGUAUUAGCUCUAGAACUACCACAGGUAUCCAUGUAGUAAGGUACUAUCAAAUAAAC